GUCGGCGCUUCCUAUCCAGCCGAUCGUUCUUCUAGAUCAACUAUGGUCGUCGGGCGCAAAAGUCAUUCUUGACAAAAUUAUGACUGAUCGUUGCAGGUAGUAUAGAUGAUAAGGAAAAAGGCAAAUUGAGAAGUGAUGUGUAAACGUGGCACGCAGUCGUGUUCUAUAUGAAUUGAUAAAAUCCCUUAUAUUAUUAAUAUUAUUGUAUCCUAUGAAUUCCAUUUAGUUAAUACGUAAGGUAAACCUUAUUCCAUGAACUCUUAAUUACAGUAUAUAACUGAAUUCUAAAUGCCACAGAUUGAUGAAUUAGAUCGUAACCUAUAAUCGAGCAGAGUUUAUAGAUUCAUACUGGAUAGAUUUGGAUUCGCAAUCGAAUUCCAAUUCCAAUUGAAGUGCGUAUACUUAUUUCAAUUGAAAUACUAGAGAUACAAGUUUCUUUAUUUAGCUCCAGGUAACUUCCAGAGUCGAUCACUUAACCCUUAAAGGAGUGUUCCCGUUAAAAGAACAAUGGGAGAGAACUAAAUGAUUAUUUUAACUCUCGCAAUAAAAAGGGGAAUUAAGAAAUCAGAAAACCUCUCGUUAAUCACUCCUUGUUGACUAGGAAGCCAACAAAUUAAAAUAAUCAUUUAUUAUGAUUGGCCGAACCCCAAUGAAAACGAGAUCUGCGUCGGCGGCUAGUGGCACCAAGACAAGACGUGAAGAGGAUCCCGUAAAUCGUGACCAUCACUGUAAAUCAUGUCGUAACGAGGACGACACACGAAUGGUUCAGUGCGACAAAUGCAAUGACUGGUACCAUUUCGAAUGUGUGUCUGUCGACCAAGACGUUGCUGAUCGGGAUUGGCUCUGUCCUACCUGUCAACCAAUCAGGGGAGCCAUACCAAAGGGUUUCGUGAGUACCGCUUCCGCCAGGCUGCCAGUCUGUACACAAACGUCUGCUUCAAAUCCAUCCGUUAGGGUGACAUCGGUACCGUUGAGCAUCGUGCCUCACAUACCAACAAAUCAAUUCGCCUUGCCAAAUGCAUGUGACGGUGACACCAACAACUCUAUGUUAACGCAUGUCGGCUCAAACAGGAUAUUUCCGCCUUUAAGUAGAACAAGUGCGCUCCGUGAGGUAGAUAAGGCCACGGUAAUGCCAAGUACGUUCACUUUAGCAAGCAGUGUGGCACGAUGUCACACAAUCGCACCUCUGAAUCCAACAAUACCAUCGACUGUUCAAGCUUCAGAAGCAUACCCGACAGCUCGCCCGACAGUGACCAGCCAAAGUCAUUAUCUGGCAGUUCCUUCAAGCCUCCAUCAACCGGUUUCUUCAAUGGCCAACAUUCCCUUAGCGUCGAGUACCAUCGUGCCAACCAUCGGACAUGCUUCGAAUGAGCCGCCACGGUUGACGUCAGAUAUGCAACGAAACAUCGCGAAGCAAGGUUUCGGCGACACGUCUAGUCAACACUCAGGAUCAUCGAAGCAGUCUUCGAAGCAGUUAAGGUUGAAACUUCAGAUGCAAAUGCUCGACGAGGAAAGGAAAUUACAAGAACAGGAAUAUGCGAGGAAAAAAGAGUAUCUUCACAAGCGAUACAAUCUUCUGAUGGAAAUUGCAAGCGAAACCUCAUCCGUAGUAGACGUCGAGGAAGAGAACCGAGAUGAAAUAGUAGAUGAAUGGUUAAAUGUUGGGAUGAAUAUGGAUCACAUUCCGGCUCAACAUGGGCCAUUACCUUCGCAUUCACAGCAACAUGGGAUGCCUCCUUCUACUCAGCUAACACAACGAAGAAAUCCCACUCUACACCGGCAAACAAAUUCGACAGAGCAUCAGAAUGCCGCCUUUCCUCAACCCGAUGUACCCAUCCAGCAAUCCUGUGUCCCUGGAUUUAGUCGAAUGAGAAUCGAAACGGGUCCAUCACGCGGCAUUCACAACCGAAGAUUAAGAAUCGAUGAACCGAGCCAUGUUACAACGAUAGAGGACGAUUGCAAUAAUUUAACACGGAGUCAAGUUGUUGCUCGUCAAGCCGUGUCGCGUGAACUGCCUGUUUUUAGCGGAACCCCUGAAGAAUGGCCGCUGUUUCUAUCAUCUUUCACAACGACUACGAGCAUGUGCGGCUUCACACCUGAAGAGAAUCUUGUACGUUUGCAAAAGUGCCUCUCUGGAAAGGCACACGAUGCGGUGAAAUGUAUGUUAAUGCACCCGUCCAAUGUUCCACAAAUAAUCGCAACUUUGAAGAUGCGAUUCGGAAACCCCGAGGUCAUCGUACAUAAUCUCAUAACAAAAAUCAGUUCUACACCUGCGCCGAAAGUAGAUAAAUUGGACUCGAUCAUCGAAUUCUCUCUAGCCGUACAAAACCUGUGUGCAACGAUUGAAGCAUGCCAACUGGAGGAGUACACCUAUAAUGUGGCACUGCUUCGCGAGCUUGUGGACAAACUUCCCCCAUCGAUAAAAUUCGAGUGGGCUAAAUAUCGUCGUGAUUUCGCCAGUGUAAAUCUUUCUAUUUUUUCUGCAUGGUUGUACGAGAUCGCUGAAACAAUCUGUCCUCUUGUGGCUUUGCCUAGCGAAUCGAGGGUCCAUCGGUCUGGUAAAAACUACCCAACAUACUUGAACGCUCAUGCCGAAGAUGUGAACGAGAAAUCUGUGCCCCCCAAGCAAGCCGACAAUAAGUGUUUGGUGUGCAAAGGCAGCUGUACUAGUGUUGAUAAAUGUCAACGGUUUGAGGAAUUCAGCUACAACUCCAAGUGGGCCACUAUAAAGGAGCUGGGCCUAUGCAGGAAGUGUUUGAGGGCCCACAAAGGAGCGUGCAAAUCUCAAAAGCUCUGUGGCAAAAAUGGAUGUGAAUAUAAACACCACUACUUGUUGCAUAAUAACCAGCGUGAUGUCGUCGCCCCAACGGAUCAAGAUUGCGGAAAUAGUACAGCUUCUGUAUCCAGAGAAUUAUCCGAAAGCCGAUGCAAUACUCAUCACAUGCCGACUAACAAAAAUCUGUUUCGAGUUGUGCCUGUUGUGUUGUACGGCGCAGGAAGGAGUUUGAAAACUUUCGCGUUUCUGGAUGACGGUUCGUCGCUCAGCUUUAUAGAUGAAACAUUAGCGAAGGAGUUAGCAAUCACAGGGAAACGAGAACCUCUAUGCCUCAAGUGGACGGCAAACACAAGUCGCAUGGAAAACGAAUCAUCUAAUCUGACGUUGCAAAUCUCUGGAACUAAAGAGUACCAUAAAAAGUACACUAUUCGUGGAGUUCACACGGUCUCAAGCUUAGAUCUGUUUCGACAAUCUGUGAACGUGCGGGAGCUUUGCGCUCAAUAUCAACAUUUGCGUGGAAUUCCUGUGGAAUCAUACCAAGAUGUGCAACCGAGGUUGCUCAUAGGAGUUAACAACGCGAAUCUAAGUUAUCCACUGGAAGGACGAGAAGGACAGAUGUUCGAACCCAUUGCAACCAAAACACGCCUUGGAUGGGUAAUUCACGGAGGAUCAGAAACCAACGAAUCGUUCCUUGGAUACCACAGCAUCCAAGCGUGCACAUGUGAUGCAAACACGGCUGAUUCUUUGGGAAAUGCCAUACGUGAAUACUUCUCACUGGAAGGAGUAGGUAUUACCAAACCCGAGACUCCUCUUUUAUCCUGUGAAGACAGAAGAGCCCAGCAGAUUCUGGCUUCGGUCACUCAGACGGAGAAUGGUCAUUACCAAACCCCUCUUCUUUGGAAAUACGAUAACUUCCGCUUACCAAACAGUAAACCUGUGGCACUGAGGAGGUUUCAUUGUUUGGAAUCAAGAAUGCAGAAAGAUCCUGUCCUGGGUGCCAUGGUAAGAGCGAAAAUCAACGAUUACCUGAAACUCGGUUACGUUAGGAAGCUCACGAAAGAAGAAGACGAAAUGAGAAUUGAUCGCAAGUGGUUUAUUCCAAUAUUCCCCGUAUUCAAUCCCAACAAACCGGGAAAGAUUAGAAUUGUAUGGGACUGGGCAGCAAAAACCAACGGAUUGUCGUUAAACUCCAUGCUUUUAAAAGGACCGGACCAGCUCAUUCCUCUGAACGAUGUUUUGUACAAGUUCCGAGAAAACAAAAUUGGGAUCAGCGGCGACAUACGGGAGAUGUUUUUGCAGGUGUUGAUUGCCAAAGAAGAUCAGUAUUGUCAGUUAUUCCUAUGGAAGGAAAACCCAACAGAUGAAGCACCUAGCACGUAUGUGACACAAGUUAUGACGUUUGGGGCCUGUUGCUCUCCGAGUUGUGCCCAAUAUAUUAAAAACGCGAAUGCUGAAAAGUACGCAGACAAGCACCCAAGAGCGGUCGAAGCAAUCACCAAACAACAUUAUGUGGAUGACAUGCUGUUGAGUGUCGAAACGGAGGAAGAAGCUAUCCAAUUGGCUCAAAAUGUUCGCGACAUACACGCUACGGCAGGCUUUGAAAUCAGGAAUUGGAUAUCGAAUUCACCAGCUGUCAUUCAAGCCCUUGAGGAAGAGAAAACGGAACAAAAAAGCCUCAACAUUGGAUCAGAGUUGGCCACGGAGAAAGUUUUGGGAAUGUGGUGGUGUACCAGCACGGACAGUUUCAUCUACAAAUUGUCUUCCAAACAUAGUGCUUCGCUCCUAGCCGGACAACGUGUUCCCACCAAAAGGGAAAUUUUACGUACACUUAUGUCUAUAUUCGACCCUUUGGGCCUGCUAUCCAACGUGUUGAUCUUCCUCAAAAUACUGUUCCAGGAAAUUUGGAGAUCCUCCAUAGGCUGGGAUGACCAAAUUCCAGACCACUUACACGAUAAAUGGGAACAGUGGCUGCGCAUUUUACCAAAAGUUCAAGAAGUCACAAUUCCUCGUUGCUACCGAUCUGUGAUCACCAUUAGUUCCGAAACCUUGGUCCAACUGCACACAUUCGUGGACGCCAGUGAACUAGGAUAUGCAGCGGUGGUGUACCUACGUUUUCAGCAAGGUGACGCAGUGGAGUGCACUAUAGUUGGAGCGAAAUCGCGAGUAGCCCCGCUGAAAUUUGUCUCUAUACCGAGACUAGAACUGCAGAGCGCCGUCAUUGGUGUGAGACUUGCCAGUGCAAUAUCAAACGCCUUGUCAUUCAAAAUCGACGAAUGUUUCUACUGGACUGAUGCUCGUGAUGUUUUAUGCUGGUUAAGAUCGGAUCAUCGCAGAUACUCUUCGUAUGUGGCAUGGCGAGUCAGUGAAAUAUUGGACGCAACGGAUGUCAAAACCUGGCGAUGGGUCAGCUCCAAGGACAACGUAGCUGAUCAAGCUACAAAAUGGAAACGACAGGUAGAUCUCAGUAGCAGCAGCAAGUGGUACAAAGGACCAGAUUUUCUCCAGCGGUCUACCGAAUAUUGGCCCACUGAACCAUUCUCAACAGUCUCUACAAAAGAAGAGCUUCGAGCAAGUCUGUUGUAUCACCACGUAGUUCCAGAUCCACUUCUUCAAGUUGAACGAUUUUCAACGUGGAAACGCAUUCUUAGAGUGACGGCGACGGUUGUUAGAUUCGUCUCCAAUAUUCGUAGUAAAAUCGGCAAGACUGCGUGCAGCACUGGCCCUUUUUCCAGAAGUGAGUUGCAGCAAGCUUCAAACAUACUCUACCGACAAGCUCAAAGCAGAGUCUAUCAGGACGAAAUAAGUCUUCUGUUACGUCCAGCAGCCGAGCGGAAAAUGAUUCCUAGGAACAGCUCUAUAUUCAAUCUAAAUCCUUUUCUCGACGAGAAUCGUGUGCUGCGAAUGCGUGGUAGAAUUAGCGCCUGCGAGUACGUUACUGCUGAUGCCCAUAACCCAAUAAUACUCCCGAAGGAAGACUACAUAACUAUGUUGGUCAUAAAGGAUUACCACAGUCGGUAUCAUCACCGAAAUCACGAAACCGUACUGAACGAGUUGCGCCAAGUAUUUCGGAUUGCAAAACUACGUGUGCUGUUCAAGAAAGUGAGAGCGACCUGUCAAUUGUGUAAGAUUCAACGAGCGAUUCCAAAUCCCCCUUUAAUGGGAGAUUUACCACCUGCCAGGCUGGCGGCAUUUGCACGACCAUUUUCGUACGUCGGAAUAGACUAUUUCGGUCCGUUAGUAGUGGUGGUGGGAAGAAGAAGUGAAAAGCGUUGGGGAGUUCUCAUAACAUGCUUGACCGUAAGGGCGGUGCACUUAGAAAUAGCCCAUUCUUUGACCGCAGAUUCUUGCAUAAUGGCUAUUAGAAACUUCAUGGCAAGGCGGGGCGUGCCUAUCAGGAUAUAUAGUGAUCGAGGUACAAACUUUGUGGCGGCUAGCAAAGAGCUCGAAGAAGCUCUUAAAGAAUUAAAGCAGGAUCGAGUAAUGCAAGAAAUUGUUAGUGAACACACCGAAUGGAUAUUUCUUCCGCCAGCUUCCCCGCACAUGGGGGGAGCCUGGGAACGGUUGGUCCAAACUGUGAAGGCCAAUCUGUUACAACUGAAACCAGGACGACACCCUACCGACGAAGUUUUGCGCAACUGUCUAAUGGAAAUUGAAAACCUUAUAAAUUCGCGCCCAUUAACCCACGUUCCUGUCGAUGAUCCAGAAGCACCUGUUCUAACUCCGAAUCACUUUAUCCUGGGAUCGUCCAGUGGUCUCAAACCAGCCUCAAUCCUGGACGAUAGUGGUAUUGUGUUGCGAAGAGCCUGGCGUGCAUCGCAGGUUGAAGCAAACAUCUUCUGGCAACGAUGGCUGCGAGACUACUCUCCAGAAUUAACCAGACGAACGAAAUGGUUCACCGACGUAAAAGCGAUAGAGGAAAAUGACAUCGUGCUCAUCGUCGAUCCCGCACUUCCGCGCAACUGCUGGCCGAAGGGUCGAGUCGUUGGGGUAAACCGAGGAAAGGACGCUCGUAUAAGAUCAGCUGCAAUCCAAACAGUGAAUGGUAUCUACGAACGACCAGCAACGAAGAUCGCCGUUCUGGAUGUACGACGCGAUAAGGAGGUAAGCCAGGCAUCUGGCGUACCCCGGGGGGAGUGUCACGACCCCUCGGUCGGCGCUUCCUAUCCAGCCGAUCGUUCUUCUAGAUCAACUAUGGUCGUCGGGCGCAAAAGUCAUUCUUGA